CCAUUCACUUCCAUCACUUUCCCCCGAUAUUUCCAAAACGUACUUUCUCUCCUUAUCCGUUCCAUCUCACCACCACCACCAUGGCUACCGGUUCCGACGCCACCGCCGAUAUCCCCUCCGGCAGAUCAGGCGGCAAAAUCUUGAAAUCAAGAAAAACCGCCACCAGAACCACUCCUUACGACCGCCCAAUUCCACCCCAAUCUCAGCAAUCAGAAAACCCUAAUUGGCUCACUGGACUCGUUUCCCCUGCUAAAUUUGUUGCAGGCGGUGCUACCAAGAUUCUUUCUUCUUUUUGGAACCCUAAAACUUGGGCCACACCUUCUUCUUCUUCUUCAGAAGACUCCGAUUCUGACUCAGGCGAUAAUACUGGAGAUGAUGAGAACCCUUCUGACAGUGUAAUUGCAGUGAAUCAGCAGCAGAUGGGCAGUUCCUCACACAAGAGUGAAACUUUACAUUUAAUUGAGCAGCUACUUAUGCUUGAACAAUAUUCAAGGGAAGAGUGUGAUAGACUGAUAGAGAUUAUCAAUUCACGAGCUGUAAAUUAUUCGAUGAGAGACGUUGCCGAUGCAGGACCAAGUAUGACACAUGGUGGGAUUAACAACGAGACUCCUGAUAUCCAGAAUCAAGCUAUCAUGGAAGCAAAGAAGUGGAUUGAAGAGAACAAAGUUAGAGCUGGUGUAAAGUCAACCAUGGAUAAUGGCAUCCACACUCUCAAAUCUGUUAUGACACCACAGGCGGCUGAAGUGGAAGCAGGCUCUCCCGUUGAUGUGGCGAAAUCGUAUAUGAAAGCUCGCCCGCCAUGGGCAUCUCCUAUAAGUCGUGAUAACUCUUUAACCCCAUCACCAUUAGCUGCAGAUUUGUUUAAGGAAAGAACACCCUAUAUUUCUGGUGGUGGAACUUCUUUCUCAUCUACAAAGAGAGAUUAUCUUUCCGCCGGAUCAUGGAAUAUUCAGGAUGAACUUCGGCGGGUGCGCUCCAAAGCAACUGAAGAUUUGCUCAACAGCAAUCGAUCUGUGCGAGCUGCACUCUCUGCAAUAGAACAUGAUACUCCAAAACCUUCUUUAGCGAGGGGUGACAUGUUCAAAGGCUUAAUGGAUAGAGAUGAGCCAAUUACUUCGGAAACACCAAAAUCAGGGGAUGAAACCGUGAACCUAGCUGCAGAUGAGAGUAUUCCUGGUCUCUCAGAUAUGAGGACUGCCCAGAAUGACUUGUCUGCUGAAGCCUUACCUUCCCAUCCUUCAAAGCCAGUUUUGGAGCAAUAUCAGGGGACCCAUUCGGACAACGCCACCACCAGGCUUAUUAGUGAAGGAUAUGAAUUAGAGAAAGAAGACGAGAGAGAUUUAGACCAGGGAAAUGAUAACGAAAUGGAUCAGGUAGACAAGAAUCGUUGUCCCAUGACUGAAUCAGCCGAUAUACCUCUCACCAAUAAUACUCAGAGUAGCUCUAACACCAACGAUCAUAGUUUGGCUACAAAGACAGAUGGCACAAUUGAAAAACGGGCAGCGACCAGAACUAGUAGGAGCUCUCGAAGAGGGAGAGGAAAAGGUAAUUGAUGGGAGGGUAGUUAUGUAACUUUGGUUCCUAUCAAUGAAUGUAGUGCAUCCUAGUGCCACUGCAUUGUAGCUUUGUUUAAUAGUUUGUAGUCUGGUUGGUGCAGAUGAGUGAAUCCGAGUUUGUGCUCAUUUUUAGGGUUAGAGUAGGUAGAGUGUAUCAUUGAGUCCUUGUAUCACAACUAAUCUAGUGUUUGACUAACCAUUUGCAAUUCACAAUCAUAUUGUAGGUGUACUAUGUAAUUUGAUAUAUUGUAACUUCUUAAUUCA